AUGCUUAAAGGCGGCGGUCCUUGGGAUGGGACGAGAAAUGAGGUGAAGCUGCCGCCGCCGCCAGAGCUUGGUGACAUGUUCCGCAUUGGUGGAGAAGUUGGAACGGCAGUCCGCGGGAUCGAUGUUCGACGAGCUGCGAGGAACAGACAAGGUGCUUCGACGUCGGAGCUAAGGUCCAACACCUUGCUGCUGAGGCCUGAGGGAUGGAUGGCAAGGUCAGGUAGUCCUGCCAACCCGCCAUCCAGCCAGCUUUCUUUUUCACCCUCCCUUCCACCGCAGAAGGUUGUCCGCUGGCAAGAAUUUUCUUUUGAGACAGCGUUAGGGAAGGAUGGCGACCGUCUCUGCAUGUCAGAUUGGACAGGUGGGCAUGUCGAGCAGAGGCUGCGGGCUAAAGGCGGGAUAAAAAGGAUGGAUGGCAAAGCCGAACAAUUCAGGAUGAGGGGCAGGGGAGACCUGGACAGCGAUUCGGGCCAAUCGAUGCCUCGAUUGCGGACUAGGGCGGGCCACUGA